AUAGAGCGAGCUAGGUUGAGCGUACUCGUAGCGAAGCCAAGCGCGAAGCAGAGCGUUAACGACUGAAAAAUAUUUCGGGGAUCGUUGCGAAGUUUAUAGAUCGCGAAAGACACUGGUUUAGGAACGUUUAGUGCCGGACACAGUUUUCUCUUUCGCGUGAGAGCAGAGCGUGCGGAUCUCUCGCAAAAAUCGAGUUUUUGCGGCGGAGGUCUACCUGUGCGGUCAUCUGAAAAAAAAAAAAAAGAUGAGCGUUCACGUAGCGGAGAAGAAAAGCAACGCGCUGAAAGGUUCUAACGGGCUGAUUGGAAACGCGGAAAUCGAGGACGGCGACUGGCAGAGCGGGCAAAAUCUCUUGGUGGUCACGCAGGACAUCCAGGGCAAGGAGAUAAUUAGCUUGGCCGAUAAUCAGUCUGUCAAUGUCCUCGCUGACGGUUAUUGGUUACUUGAACUCGCUCAUAGAGAAUAUCAGUCAGGAGAUUAUGAGAAUGCUGAACGACACUGCAUGCAAUUGUGGCGGCAAGAUCAAACCAAUACCGGCGUUCUUCUCUUACUGUCCUCUAUACAUUUCCAGUGUAGAAGGCUAGAAAAAUCGGCACAAUAUAGCUCCUUAGCAAUAAAGCAAAAUCCUGUAUUGGCAGAGGCGUACAGCAAUUUAGGAAAUGUGUAUAAAGAGCGGGGACAACUGCCAGAAGCCUUGGAGAACUAUCGUCACGCCGUCAGGUUGAAGCCAGACUUUAUCGACGGCUACAUCAACUUAGCCGCAGCUCUUGUGGCAGCGGGAGAUAUGGAACAAGCCGUUCAAGCAUAUGUCACAGCACUGCAAUAUAAUCCCGAUCUUUAUUGUGUACGGAGCGAUCUUGGUAAUCUUUUGAAAGCAUUAGCAAGACUUGAUGAAGCUAAGGCGUGCUAUUUAAAGGCGAUCGAGACACGACCAGAUUUUGCAGUUGCUUGGAGCAAUCUCGGCUGUGUGUUCAAUGCUCAAGGCGAAAUAUGGCUGGCGAUACACCAUUUCGAGAAAGCGGUCGCGUUGGAUCCCAACUUCCUAGAUGCGUACAUUAACCUGGGCAACGUGCUCAAGGAGGCCAGAAUAUUUGACAGAGCUGUUGCGGCGUAUCUUCGUGCGUUGAAUCUUAGCCCAAAUAAUGCGGUGGUACACGGUAAUUUGGCCUGUGUUUACUAUGAACAAGGCCUUAUCGAUUUGGCCAUCGAUACUUAUCGACGUGCUAUCGAAUUGCAACCGAACUUCCCAGAUGCGUACUGUAAUUUGGCUAAUGCGCUCAAAGAAAAGGGCCAAGUGGUCGAAGCGGAAGAAUGUUACAAUACCGCCCUCCGACUUUGCCCUACACACGCAGAUUCUCUUAACAACUUGGCCAACAUAAAACGCGAGCAAGGCUACAUUGAGGAAGCCACUCGCUUGUAUCUCAAAGCUCUGGAAGUAUUUCCUGAGUUCGCGGCAGCCCACAGUAAUCUCGCGUCAGUUCUGCAGCAACAGGGCAAACUGAACGAAGCAUUGAUGCAUUACAAAGAAGCGAUACGUAUACAGCCAACUUUUGCAGAUGCUUACUCGAAUAUGGGUAACACACUGAAAGAAAUGCAAGAUAUUCAAGGUGCUCUGCAAUGUUACACACGAGCCAUUCAGAUCAAUCCGGCUUUUGCCGAUGCUCAUUCCAAUUUGGCAUCAAUACAUAAAGAUUCCGGCAACAUUCCCGAAGCGAUACAAUCGUACAGAACGGCGUUGAAACUGAAACCAGACUUUCCCGAUGCUUAUUGCAAUUUGGCACACUGUCUGCAAAUAGUAUGCGAUUGGACUGAUUAUGAAGCCAGAAUGAAAAAGUUGGUGUCAAUUGUAGCCGAGCAGUUAGACAAAAACAGAUUACCUAGCGUGCAUCCCCAUCAUUCCAUGCUUUAUCCGUUGUCUCACGAGUUCAGAAAGGCUAUUGCUGCCAGGCACGCUAAUCUUUGCAUCGAGAAGAUCCAUGUUCUUCAUAAACAGCCAUAUAAAUAUCCACGUCUGAUCGGCACGCGUUUAAAGAUUGGAUAUGUUUCGUCGGACUUCGGCAAUCAUCCAACCAGUCACUUGAUGCAAUCAAUUCCCGGAUUGCACGAUCGUGACAAAGUCGAGAUUUUCUGUUACGCGCUUAGUGCGGACGACGGCACAACCUUCCGUGCGAAAAUCGCACGAGAAGCUGAGCAUUUUGUUGAUUUGUCGCAAAUUCCUUGCAACGGCAAGGCCGCCGAUCGCAUCAACGCGGAUGGCAUUCACAUUUUGGUCAACAUGAACGGUUAUACGAAGGGUGCUAGGAAUGAAAUCUUCGCUUUGCGACCGGCGCCGAUACAGGUCAUGUGGCUAGGUUAUCCUGGCACUUCUGGCGCAAGUUUUAUGGAUUAUCUUAUCACAGACGAGGUCACGUCACCGCUAGAACUUGCCAGCCAAUAUAGCGAGAAACUCGCUUACAUGCCACAUACUUAUUUUAUCGGAGAUCAUAAACAAAUGUUCCCUCACUUGAAAGAGCGUUUAAUCCUAACCGACAAAUUAAAUCACAAGGGUAAAGUGGCGGAUAACGUGGCGGUGAUUAACGCCACGGAUCUCUCGCCAAUGAUCGAAAACGCUUUGAUAAAAGAGAUUCGCGAAGUUGUUGUACCAGACGCCAAAAAACAACCGGUUGAGAUUUCACUCAAGAUCGCCGAAUUACCGACCACCACUCCGAUCGAGACAAUGAUUGCUUCUGGUCAGUGUCAGAUGUCUGUGAACGGCGUUGUUGUGCAAAACGGCAUGGCCACCACACAGGUGAAUAACAAAACUGCUACGGGCGAGGAAGUGCCUCAGAAUAUUGUGAUCACAACAAGACAGCAAUACGGUUUGCCAGAAGACGCCGUUGUUUAUUGCAACUUCAAUCAAUUGUACAAGAUCGAUCCACUAACUCUUCACAUGUGGGCACAUAUUUUAAAACACGUGCCGAACUCUGUACUGUGGUUGCUACGUUUUCCGGCAGUCGGUGAACCCAAUUUACAAGCAACAGCGCAGCAAUUGGGUCUGACACCUGGCAGGAUCUUGUUCAGCAACGUCGCCGCGAAAGAGGAACAUGUAAGACGAGGCCAGUUGGCUGACGUAUGUCUAGACACUCCGCUCUGUAAUGGACACACAACCAGUAUGGACGUUUUAUGGACCGGAACGCCGGUAGUUACUCUACCGGGCGAAACUCUAGCCUCUCGCGUUGCUGCUAGUCAAUUGAACACUCUUGGUUGUCCUGAAUUAGUAGCACGAACACGACAAGAGUAUCAAGAUAUCGCUAUUAGAUUGGGCACUGAUAGAGAAUAUUUGAAAGCAACAAGAGCUAAAGUCUGGAAAGCUCGAUCAGAGAGUCCGCUGUUCAACUGCAAGAUGUACGCGAUAGGCAUGGAGAUGUUGUACACGAAGAUGUGGGAGCGUUAUUCGCACGGAGAAAAUCCUGAUCACGUAGCGGCUGUUGAUAAGAAUGAUAGUCAAAAAUCCAUCAUGUCUUAAAGAAAAAAAGUCACGUCAGGACAAUUUCACCUUCAUUUACUCACACAGCUUCAAAGUCCGCGAUUAAAGAUUUCUCUUUCCCAGAAAUUUUAGCAUUUACGAUCCACAAGUUAAUGUAAUUCUAUUUCCACAGUAAAGUCUCGUAUAAAUUCCGUAUCUUUGCCGAUUACUGUUUUUGUACAAUAAACUUCACAGAGCUUAUAUUAGAAUAGCACGGUAGACGUUAAGAUAUACAUAUAUUUCCGCAAAAAGUUCGCGAUAUGCUCUCAUCUCUUUCUCUCUUUCUCUUUCCUUUACUUUCAUUAUUUAUAAAUUUCUUUACUUACGACAGUGGAUUUAUCGAAUGUAUGAAAAUUGAUGAAAAAAAAAAAAAUGUACAAUCUACAAUUUAGGCUUUAAGCUCCGAAAAAUCCCAGAAAUGAUGAAAUGAUGUCUAAACCUUCUAAAAGUUUAUAUUAAAAAAAAUUAAGAAGUGUAUUAUACGCGCAAAUUUCUAUUUGAUAGAAUUUUAAAAUGUUUAUAUUGUAAAAUGCGAUCGAAAAUCCACUGAAUCCAUUUUCACUAUGCGCACCUGUCGUAUCGAUCGAUCAAGUGUAACCCUGUUGGGAUUUUGCUUUAGGUGAUUAUUUGACGCAAAAAAAUUUGGCGCACACUGUGUUAAAAAAUGCAAACUGCUCUCAACGCAUAUUAGAGCUAAUUUAGUGUUAUACUUUUAUUGUUUAUUUUUUAUUACAAGAGAAUAAAGAGCAAAUUAAAAAAAAAAAAAAAAAAUUGACGGUGAAAUUCAAAAGUUCGGAUAUCUUGCAUAAAAAAGCAAGACUUCAAAGAAAUGAAAGACUUUUUAAAGAUACCUGUUGUAAAACUCUCUGUAAAGAGAGAGUUACGCCAUUUAAAAAUUUCAAUAAAACCAAAAAGUACGAUCAAGAGAGAAGAUCCGAUUAUUUUAUCGUGAUUACUUAUUGUAUAUAAGAUAUUUAAAAAAUAUCUCAUCUUUCAAAAUCACAAUCUUUGAUUGAGAAAGUAUAAGACAAAAAAAAGUCGAAAACUUCUAUUUAAAUCGUAAAAAAAAAAAAAUAUAAAGAAUUCAAAAAGUAAAUUUGUUGCUGCAAGAGUUUAGAGAGAAUGCCAAAAAAAAAAAAAAAAAAAAAAAAAAAAAAAAAAGGA